CCUCUCCCUCCCCCAUCUACUUCAGUAACAGUGUCAAGGGAGCCUUUGUGAGUUUAGUAAAGGAGGUGGAUACUAAAUGUAAUCUCUGUUCAGAGGAACCGGAAUCAGCGCAAUUCAACAGGCUGCUUUUAGAUAGAGGCAUUACACAUACACAACCACUCAAGAAAAAGAAAAAAAAAAGUCUGAGAAAAGAUGGCCCAUACACAACAAGUUCAGAGCCCCCUGACUGUCAACAGAGAUUUUGCGAAAAGUUGUCCAGGUGUAUUGAGAGUUUUGCAAAUUCUGUUUGGAGCUGCUUUCUGGAUUACUAUUGCAUCCAGCAAAUACGAGGGUUCAAGCCACUUUGCUGUCUUUGUUGCAGUCUUCUUCUGGCUCAUGACUCUGGCUCUUUACUUCUUAACUCUGCUAGAUAAACAGGACUUGGUGCCCAUCCUGGGUGGCAACCACUGGUUAUUGACUAACUUGAUCCAGGAUGUUGUGGCAACUGCUCUCUACGCUGCAGCCAUUGGAAUCGUGAUCUACAAGACCGAACAGUACAGCUUUUGUAACGUGGAAAAAUAUCGGCUGCCAUGUUACUACAAAGUGUACCUAGUGGCUUCUGCAUUUGGGUGUGUUUGUGCUGUGGUGUACCUCAUUUCUGCCAUAUACUUUGUCUGCAGGAAGUGUCGAGGAGGACAGAUUGUUAUAUAAAGUUUUUGUUUCAUCCAGGCUUUCUUAUUAAUUUAUAUGUUUGUACAGGCUGGGGUUUUGAAACAGACAGUAUUCACAACAUGAACACAGGACAAAUACCUCUUAAGGUGGAAACCCAUCCUUAAUAAACUCUUUAACAGGUUUGUAAAACUUUAAAACAGGUUUAUUAUUACAAAGAAAAAUAAAACGUCCCUAUAUCUGUAGGUAUGAGAUAUCUGAACCUCUUUGUUUGCAUUUGUUCACUGACCUAAUUUGUUUAAUCAAAAUGUGCACCAGACCAACAUUUAUAACAUGCUAAAUGUGGCAUGAGACAUGUUAUGUUCCCCAUAAUAUUAUUUUUUUCUUAUAGGAAAGCAGAGACUGAAUUAGGGCUUUCAGAAACAGUUAAGAAAACUGCACUGCUUAUAAACUCGUACACAGUUGAUUCUGCACAUUUACAUAGACCAAAAUGACAAAGUUGCACGUGUAUACUUUGAGAAGGCUAUUAACUGAACAUCUGUUGUCUGCAGUUAGAACAUUUUGUUUUUCAUUGUGGAGCAGCUUUGUGAUAUUAGUCUGGACUUGAGUGUACCUCUGCUAUUAUAGCCUCUCACAAAAAGCACUCGCACGUAAACCCAAAAAUCAGUUCUGUGUUGGGAAUUGUGGUUGCAGUCUGGGAUACUUAUGAAUUCUGAUGUGUCUUUGCAAAUGCCACACCCAGAUGACAGUAAAGUAAUGCACUAAGCCGUGCAGAUGGACAUUUUCACAUUCAGUCUCUUGGCAUUUGUUUGCGUGUUAAAGAAACAUAAGAUUUGUUGUUUUUAAACUAUUUCAGUGUGCACGUUUCAGACUUGUUAAAGAUCACACCAGAACAAAAAUGUAAUAUACAACAUUGCCAAUAAAAUAUACAUUAAUUUUA